AUGCUUGGUCCAUACCCGCGCAUCGCGCCCGCCAUCUACGGCGACAUCGAAUAUACACGGCGGCAUUCUGUUAGGCUGGUGCGGAGGGAUAGCGAGAAUAGGAACCUUGUGUUGAUUAUUAUCCUGGCCGUUAUAGCUGGUCUGACACUGGCGAUAUGUCUACUCGUCUUGCUUGCCAAGAGGAGGCGCCGCCGUCAACGCCGCGGUAACAAAACGACGGACCAAAGCCCGGGCUUCUUCGACAGCAUCUCCCGCUACUGGCGUUCCGAUUCUGGCAGAUACGAACAGACCUGGGGAGACGACACCAACACAGAUGGCCAGGCCCAGUCACAUCGACUUGAUGUGGCUCCGUCACCGUCAAGCCGCGCUGCCCGUACUCACCAAAGCCGAGGCGCGGCAGGCGGUGGCACUGACGCCUCCACCGCCCAGUCUGCCACUGCUGGGGGAGCCGUCGACCGCAACACAUCUGUACGCUCCGUCAUGACGCUGCCUGCGUACCGCCAGACAGCUUCCACCAACGAACAAGUCCUCGGCCGUGAAGGGGACAGGGAUGGCGUUGACGUCAUCAUCGACCUCCCAACCGCAGAAGAGGAGGAAGCUCUACGUGAGGAAGAAAUGGCGACUAUUUAUCAGAUACGGCAGACGAGGCGGCAGCAGAUUGUCGAAAGGGAAGAUUUAAGGCAACAGCGCCGCGAAGCAAGACGUCGAAACGACAGCGGGGCGCUGGCCGACCUGAGGGUGCGGUCGAGGGCAGCAAGCAACAACAGCCAGAUAGACGAGCUGCGAAGAGAGGUGGGCAGAAUCCAGGACACCAGGCAGCGGUCAGUGUCUAGCGUAUCUUACGCAGAUCUCGGGGUGGCUCGGCACGACGGAACGAGAUUGCGCGCGAGCAGCAACGACAGCGAGCGCAUGGGUCUUCUCUCGGACGCGGCCAGCAUAGCCGUGUCCCAGCGAUCGGGGGCUCCGUCUCCGUCGCUACAUCGCCGCGAACAAAGCAUAGGCUCGUUUGUGAGCGUGGAGAGUGACGUCCCUCCGUCGAUCCGAGCCCAGUCAAGAGGGGGCUCCAGACCCGACACCCCACGGUUGUCGGGAGUCAGCGGGACCCUGGCUGGUUCCAGCCCGGAGCUGGUCGAGGCGGACCUAGGAGACGAGGAGAUGCCGCCCCCGGAGUACGAAGAUGUGGCCUUGGACGACACGGACAAUCUGGGCCGAUCCACGACGCCUCUUCACGGCCCGCCACCCGACUAUCCUGGGCCGUAUCGCUCCCCAUCCGUCCGGAGCGAACAUAUGCCGGCUAAUGCAGAGGCGGUGGCCCAGGAAGGCGAGGGCGAGGCACCUGCAGCUGGGCGAGGGGUGGGUGGCGUCCCACAGCUGCCGAGUCUCAGGAUAUCGAGGCUCCCCGAGAUUGUCAUUGAGCCAUCAAGCGCGCACCCGCACGCAGGUGCGUCGCGAUAA